AUGAUAAAUAACUCGUAUACGAGUUGUCUUAGACAACUGAUAGUGUUGGCACUAUCAAUCACUGUAAUAUAUAGUACAAUCGCCAACGCCCAAACCGAACAAGAAUAUUUCGAUAACAUCGAUAGGAUGUUGAGUUGUAACUCAUCGCAGCCAGCCUCAGAACAGAUCCGUAUCGGUAUGAUCAUGCCACAAGGUGAUCCAGAGUACUAUCAAUACAGAUACACUUCGAAUCUCAUGAUGAUUCAAUAUCUCAGUAUUUUCCAAGGAUUCGGAAAGACCCUCUGUAGAAUCGAUAUCCCAGAGUACGACCAAUUGGUUCUCGACUCUUUCGAUUUGGCAAACGGUGUCGCCGGAAAGUACGAUAAGGUUCACGCCGUCAUUGGUCCAGCCUAUUCAUCGUCUGGUACCACAGCCAGUUUGAUUUUGGGUGCCUAUGGUGUUCCAAACAUUGGAUUCUUUGCAUCUGCAGCCGCUCUUUCCAAUUCCGGUACCUACCCGGCAUACAAUCGUGUUUUCCCAUCGGACGACUAUCAGGUCAAGGCCAUUUUGGAGUUGGUUAAGCACUACGGAUGGACUCGUAUUUCCUGUGUGCACACUCGUGAGGACUAUGGAAAUGGUGGUGCCACUAUUCUCUCACAAAGAGCUGCUCUCCAGGGAAUUACCGUUGACACCAUUCAGGCUGUCGAGCCAAUUGGUUCUACCUCUCCAUCUGAAGCCGACUACGAUAUGAUCUUCAACAACUUGGAGGAUGCUCGUGCCAGAAUCAUCGUUACCUACGCUAUUUUCCCACAGGAUUGCAUUGGACUUUGGAAUCACUCUCUGAGACACAACUACUUGGAAAAAGGUAUUCUCUGGAUUGUAACUGACGGUUGCGCAGAGAUGGUUGAUGUCAACCCAGACUACCAAGGUAUCAUCUCAUUCUUCCCCAACUACAAUAGCAACGGAUAUGCCAAUCUCGUUAAGAAUGUCACCAGCUACAAGCUGUUGCUCCAAGACAGCUUACAAAGCGAAGUCGGAAAGAUCUUCUAUAAGGGUGCAGCAUUCUCAUCGGACGCAACCGAGGCAUUGAUGAUUGCAUUUAAGAACAUCCUUACAACCAAUAGAAAUGCCGAUCUUCUCGAUAGAGCUAUGGUACUCGAGCAACUUAGAUCGGUUUCAUUCCAAGGUUACUCUGGUCCCGUCGAACUCGACGCCAAUACAGGUGACCGUAAGAACCCAGUCUUUGUUAUCUCCAACUACAUCAAGAACAAUGGAACCUAUUCGUUUGUAAAUGUUGCUUCAGUCGCACUUCAAGAUGAAGAGAGUGUCGUUACAUUUAAGCGUCCAAUUGAAUUCAUGGGUGGUACUUUCGACCCACCUUCAGAUCACAAGGUUGUUAAAUUCUCAGUUCCAUUAAACUCUGCACUCGGUGCAGUAACAGGUGUUUGUAUUAUUUUAGUUUUAUUCAUUGGUAUCACAAUCGUUAUUCAAUGGAGAAAGUUCAGAUAUUCAUCACCACUUUUCUGUUGUUUGAUUAUUCUUGGUUCAUUAUUUGGAUUUAUUUCCAUUUUAACAUUGUUACCAGAACCAAAUGAUGCACUUUGUACAUCAUUCCCAUGGUUACUUGGUUAUGGUUAUGUCAUUAUGUUUGGUACAUUGUUCACAAAGACAUGGAGAACAUGGCGUUUAUUCGCAAAUGCCAGAAAGUUCAAGAUCAUCAAGAUUUCAAACAAGAUGAUUUUCUCUGUUGUAGGUGCAUUCCUCUUGAUUGAAAGUGCAUUCCUCGUCAUCUGGACCAUCGUAGAUCGUCCCAAGGUCAGUGCUGAACCAAUCUACCGUAACGGUGAGGCACAGAACCAAUGUGUAACCGACUCUCUCGCCUGGUGGUAUGUAUUCUGUCUCUCCAAGGUGUUCUACGUCAUCGUCGGUGUCUUCCUCGCCUACAAGACACGUGACGUCGUCGACUCUUUGAACGAAUCGAAACCAAUCUCUAUGGCACUCUACAACAUGGUGUUCGUCAUGUUGGUCGCCAUUCCAAUCGGUUUCCUUCUCACCGACUACCCAACUGCAGUCAUCGUAAUCGAAGUCGUUGCCAUCCUCUUGGCAUUCACUGCAACCGUUGGUUUGCUCUUCUUGCCAAAGGUCUGGUUGAUUGUCAGUGGUCAACAAAAGUCGAUCGAUACACGCGAUAGCUCAAGCAACAGCUACCACUCUGAGAUGCAAACACGUCCAUCUCACAGCAGCAGCGGAAACAACAACAGUAACAACAACAACAACAGCAGCAGCAACGGCACCAAACAAUCUUCGAUGCGUGUGCGUGACAGCGACAAGAUCCAGAACGAGAUUACUGCAUCUAACAAUUCUAGCAGCGGAAACAAUGCAGGUUCUGUUGGAUUCGUAUACACCGGUGGUGAUCCUCUACCAAAAACAACUUCACUAGAAGCAUCAACAACCCCACUCACAAACAAUGAUCCCGACUAUUAUCAAACUUAUAUUAGAAUACAUUACAAAAUUCAGUAUGAUGUGGGAUGUGAAUUCUAUAUCCUAAUUUGUUGUUGUGAUUUAUAUUGUUAUGAUUUGUUGUUAUUUGAUUCAAUUUUAAAUUUAAUUAUAUUUAUGACAGGUAAUCUUAAUAUAUCUUGUAAUAUUAUUGAUCUAUUUAGAUCUUUUAUCAAAUUAUUUAUGGAUAGUAAUAAUAAUAAUAAUCAUAAUAUCGGCAGUGAUGGUAAAAAAGACAAAUCAAUUAUCAACAAUAAUAAUAAUGAUAAUAAUAUAGAACAUAUUGAUAAUCAAAAUUCAGUUUCAGGUAGUUCCAAUAGUUGGAGUACUUGUUCUACUGUCAGUGAUAAUUCAUUUGUCUUAAAUUACUUUGAUCCAAUCUAUGCCAUUUCAGACGACCAAGAAUACAUGGAUCCAUACAGUCCUUCGCUCGACCAGAAGUUGACCUUCAAGUUUAAUGAGAAUAUCCAUUCUCUCAGUUCUUCAAGUCAUGUUCCAAUUGUCUCAAUAGUUCAAACCAACAACGGUUCAUCAAAUAAUCAAAUUAAUGAUUAUCAAAAACAAUUUAAAAAUGUUGAGAAUAAUCAAACCAAUUUUGAAUCAAUAGUAGAUAAUAAUAAUAAUAAUCAUAUUCAUCCAAAUAAUAUUGUUUUGGAAAAAGUUAAAGAUAAUGAUAGUGAAAGAAAAGUAAUUUUUACAACACCAAAAUAUGUUUAUACACAAAUAGCUUUGGAUAAUCAUCAACACUCUCCGGAGCAACAUUCACUAACUAUUAAUAGUGUAGAGUUGAUUCCAGAUGGAACUCAGAAAGCAAAUCUACAAUACAUGCAUACUCCACUGCCCAAGAGUGUUUAUGAUAAUCUACAAUCCAAUUCAGAAGGCAACUGUCCAUUGAAAUCAGUUACAAUCAUUCAAUCCCCAAAAUCAUCGGUCAAUGUAAUUACAAGUGAACCAACCAAUAAACAAUCGACUCAGCCCGCACAUCAACACCAACACAACAACCCACUGAACCAACCUCAAAUCAUCCCCAUCGUCAAUACUGUCCAAACCAAAGAGCAUUUACAACACCAUUCACAAACUCUUAAGGAACUUCCAGAAUAUCAUGAGUUAUCACCAAAGAAACAAGUUCAUAUCGAACCGACCCAACAAAACAUUCAACACCCAGCAUCGAAAUCGACUUCUCUGGGUAUUCCGUUCAACUCUAACAAGUAUAGGGACCUGAGGAAAUCGACACAGUAUCUCGAUUUGAAGAACAUGUGUUCCAUCUCCAAAGCCCAGGAAGAAGAGAUUGAAAUGCUCUCAGACGAAAGAUAUGAAUAUCAACUGACCGACGACGAUCCAACUCAACACAAUAUAUUAGAGAUGAAACCUGGUGCAAUGAAAGAGUCUGGAGUUUUGUUUGGUACCACUGCUGAGGAACCAAUACCAACCUCGCCAUCUACUUCAGUAUCUACAGAUGUAUUUGACUCUACUCCAUUGACAUCACCAAUAUCAUCACCUGUUUUCUCAAGCCUCACAUUGUCACCAGAGUUGGAGAUUAACAGACAGUCACCAUUGGCCACCGGUGAGACAAGAAUCAUUGCCGAGGUGAAUGAUUUGGGUAAAUUCAGUCCACAGACAUGUACAAUAGAAAAAGAUACUAAAAAAGAAAAGAAACAUUUCUUUCAGAAAAAGAAGAAACAAGCUGUACCUGAUAAACAGAAAUCAUGUGAAGAAGUAUUAUCUGAUGAAGGCAAACAUUCAAUGAAAGUUAUUUCAGAAUUAUUAAAUAAAUUGUUUGGAAAGAAAAAGUAUGGAACCCUUACUAUUUUUAUGGGUUUAGCUUUAUUACAUAGUUAUUAUAAGGAACUUUUAAUAAGAAAUUAUAAUUGUAUUAAUAAUAAGAUGUUGAUGGAAGAAGCUUUCAGAUAUCAAAAGUUUUGUACUGCCUCCUAUGGAAGAAAAUUGUAUUAUGGUGUGAUGGGUUCGAAAACAGCUAUGCAUUUGUUCAAGGGAAUUGCCGGUACUGAUGCAAUCAAUGUAAAGGUAGUCAUUAAACAUACUGGAAUCAAGAAGCAAGAUAUAGUUUGUUCAAAGUGGUAUAGUUCCAAGUAUAGUCCUGGUCACUUUGUUGCAAUCGAUCAUCAAACCAAGUCAGUGGUUUUGGCAAUUCGUGGAACCUUCAACCAUUUCGAUGUAAUAACAGAUCUGGUGGCAAAAACCUCUAGAUACGCUGGUCCUACUGGACGAUGGAAAUCUGCUCACAUUCAUCUGGGAAUGUUGUUGUGUGGUCAUAAGAAGAUGAAAGAAGUAGAGGCUGUCCUUCUAAAGUCGCUACAUGAAAAUCCUGGAUACAGAUUGGUUGUGACCGGUCAUUCCUUGGGUGCUGGUGUUGCUUCGAUCUUUACAUUCCUCUUUUACGAUGCACAUCCAGAGAUACCAAUUCACUGUUACUCAUUCGGUCCACCCUGUAUCCUUAAUUACGAAGCUGCUACCAAUGAGAUUGUCAAGUCACUGGUAACAUCGUUUGCUAUGAAUGAUGACAUUGUUCCACGAUUGUCUUUUAAUUCAUUGUUCUAUUUAAGAGAGGUGUUGGAUUCUGUUCUCUCGCAGAGUAAGACCAAGAUCCAGAGAGGUUUCCACAUUGUUUCGGCUGGAAAUGGUUUGGGUGAGAAACUGACCAAGAAGAUCAGUAAGAUACUCAAGGUUUCUCCAACGAUCGAUCUUUCACAUGUUGAGCACAAUCCAAGUGGUGAAAUGCCAAUGUAUCCACCUGGCAAGCUAGUGAGAAUGGUAAAAGUUGCAAAAGGUCAAUAUGUAGCAGAGAGCGUAGAAACUAGUUCAUUCGAUAAGAUCAUUGUGUCGGUACAGAUGUUCACAGAUCACAUGCCAAACAAAUAUGAGAAAGGAUUGAAAUCUGCGAUUGAAAACGUAGGCAAUGCCAAGCUGCUGACUCCUCCACAAGGUGCCAACCUGGUAGAGGGUCUUCCUGCUGGUGAAGAAAACGCUAUCAAUAUACCCGAAAUGAUAUUGCCAAAGGAUGCACAACCUCAAGCAGCUGCUUCACUCAUUCCAACUUCACUUAAAGCAUCAUACAACACAAUGGCUGAAGCUCCUCAAAAUUAA